GUAGUGUGCUUACAUUUGCUGAUUCUGCAUAUAUCAUAUUGGGAUCCAGAGUAUUGUAGCCACACGCAAAAGAAUGCAGACCUGCUUUUCACCAAACGUGCGCCUGGCGCGGCCCGGUGCUCUUCGCUCUGCGCGCACAUCUAGCCUCGUUGUUGUCCGCUCCAAGGGCUUUGGUUCAGAGACGGCCAAGCAGAAGGAGGCCGAGGCUGAGGCAAGCACCUCCAAGCCGUCGGGCGAUGGGGAUGCCGCGGCUCUGGAGGCUCUGGAGGCCCGUAUUAAAUCCCGGCGCAAGGGGCGUGUUGAGCCCAAGGUCAAGGUGAACGCACCUGCCGUGGAUGUCGCCACCGGCAAGGCGCCUGUGGAUGCCGCCAGCGAGGCGGAGCAGAGCUACCUCACCUUCCUGAGCAUCUACUUCAUCUGGACGCUGGUGCUGGGGCUGGCGCUGGCGGGCGCGGGCUUCCUGCCUGAGGCGAUGGACAUUUGGAUCCAGGACAACCUCUACCCCAACUACAGCUGGGUGAUCCUGGGCUUCCUGGGCCUGUCCUCGCUGUACGGCCUGUACAAGACCGGCAAGCUGCCCGGACAGAUCCAGAAGCAGUAGACAGGCGGGCGGGCGCGGCUACAAGACACAGCCCGGAGGGGAGCUGGGCGGGAGCUGAAAGGGAGCUGGACACUGGAGGAGGCCAGUGGAGGAGGCAGCUGGGGAGCAGACCCAGAUGCGAGGCUGGCGGGGGGUUGUAUGGGAGAGGGGCUUGGACAUGCGGGGAGUACUCGGGGGGGGGGGGCGUGGCGUGCCGGGCGUGUGGUGGCGCUGGGAUGUUAAUGGAUGGCGCAGGGUGGUGGUGACGCAGUGCACAUGCCGGUGGACACGGCACAAACUGCAUGCUGGCAUUGUUUCCGGCAGCUGAGCGCAGGCACAGCCAACAUUUUCCUGGAGUUGGCUGGACUAAAGUUUCUAUUGCAGAGCGAGAAGCGACCUCGACGCGCUAGGACAGGGAAGCCCGCGCUAGGGCGUUUACAUGAUCCUUCAGGGGAGAACGAGUCCUCGGCAGGCGGGUGGCCAAGGGUGGAUGCGGCAGCACCGUGCGGUAGGCUUGGGGCGCUCCAUCACCGGUGGCACCGGGGCCAAGCAUACAUCGCUAAGAAGGAUGCACUUUGGGGAACAUGGAGGUGUCGUAAUCAGGAUUCGAGUGAGUGAAGUCAGAUGUGGAAGGCUGUAGUCAGGAAGAGUGGAGUCAUAAGAGAUACGGCAGGCAUACAUACUGCCCCAGUAAACCACAAGACGUCAAGACGUGGCACCAGGGGAGGCGUGGCACUUUGGCACGUGGCAUACCUGGCGGUCCCAACACGCAUGCUAGCUUGGAUUUCCGGCCCUCUCUGCUCGCACACAGCGCGCACUUUUACCAUCUGGCACCA